UAAGCCAUGGUUUUGAGAAAUACACCCCAUUUUUUUAACUUUUGGUGUUAAAGUAGUUCAAAGACUGUACUGUUCUAAUACCAAAAGUAGGAGAAAUGGGUGUAUUUGUCAAAAUAUAGGGUGUGGAUAUUGAGACCCACUUCAAAAUUCUAUAAAUUGGGUAUUGUAUUUCAAGUGUUUUGCGAGAGAGAGAGAGAGAGAGAGAGAGAGAGAGAGAGAGAAUGGCCAGAUUUUUGAGAUUGGGGAAGAGAAGCUUUAUUCAAAGGAGCUGUUUUUCUACUCAUCCCACCCUUGAUACUCCACCGUUAUCAGGAAUUAAAAUCAACAAGGAUGCUACUCAGGUCAUUGGAAAAACCCCACUCGUUUAUCUUAAUAAGGUGACUGAAGGGUGUGGGGGUUAUGUAGCUGUCAAGCUUGAGAUGAUGCAACCUACCUGUAGCGUCAAAGACAGACCAGCGUUUGCAAUGAUAGAAGAUGCAGAAAAGAAGGGCCUGAUAAGUCCAGGCAAGACGGUCCUGAUCGAGCCGACAUCGGGGAACAUGGGCAUAGGCCUGGCAUUCGUGGCGGCUUUGAAAGGUUACAAGCUCAAGCUCACCAUGCCAUCUUACACUAGCCUCGAGAGGAGGGUGACCAUGAGAGCUUUUGGGGCUGAGUUGAUCCUCACAGAUCCUACCAAGGGCAUGGGCGGAACAGUGAAGAAGGCGUAUGAACUUGCCGAGACAACCCCAGAUGCUUUCAUGCUUCAACAAUUCGAAAAUCCUGCAAAUACUCAGGUACAUUUUGAGACUACUGGCCCUGAGAUAUGGGAAGAUACUCUUGGGCAAGUGGACAUCUUUGUGAUGGGAAUUGGGAGUGGAGGCACCGUCUCCGGCGUCGGGAGGUAUCUCAAAGCAAAAAAUCCUAAUGUGAAGAUAUAUGGGCUAGAGCCUGCGGAGAGCAAUGUAUUAAAUGGUGGAAAACCAGGUCCUCAUUUUAUUACUGGCAAUGGAGUUGGCUUCCAACCAAAGAUUUUGGACAUGGAUGUAAUGGAACAGGUCCUCGAAGUGACUAGUGAAGAUGCUGUGAAGAUGGCUAGAGAGCUGGCACUAAAGGAGGGACUUUUUGCUGGGAUUUCUUCAGGGGCUAACACAGUUGCAGCACUGAGGCUUGCAAGAAGACCAGAGAACAAGGGCAAGCUCAUUGUGACUGUUCUUCCAAGCUUUGGAGAAAGAUACUUGUCAUCUGUGCUGUUUCAAGAGCUAAGGGAAGAAGCAGAAAAGAUGCUACCAGUUUCUGUGGACUGAUCUGAGCCUUUCGUUUGUGGCCAUCCUCUGAUCAAUCACCGUUUGAUUUGAGCAAUGGUGGAUGUACACGACCUUCUGAAGGUUAAAAGACAUUAUCAAUUAAUAAGAUAGGUUAUUGUUCUUAA